GUAUUUCCGCUGUGGUAACUGAGGAGCGUCCAUCAUGGGGACCGAAUAUGGCAGAGAAAGGAGCGGGUGUCGGCGGACACGUCUCCAUUUUGUGAUUCUGUUGUUGCUGUGGAACACGACCUCGGCUCAGAUCCGCUACUCCAUACAGGAGGAAUUAAAAAUCGGGACUAUUGUUGGGAAUAUCGCUAAAGAUCUGGGGAUUGACAGAGGAACACUCUCUGAGCGGAAUCUCCGCAUCGUGACGGGAUCAAAGCAGGAUCUUUUCCAGGUAAACGAGAGAGACGGCGCUUUGUUUGUGAACCAGAGAAUAGACAGAGAGGAGCUUUGCGGUAAAAGCAGUCCGUGUCAUGUGAAUCUCAAAGCUGUGAUAGAGAACCCGCUGGAGAUGCACCACGUUACAGUGGAGAUCGUGGAUGUGAAUGACCAUUCUCCCAAUUUCCCGGACCGGGAAUAUCGCCUGGAAGUAUCGGAGUCAACAAUGACAGGGGUUCGCUUCGAGCUGGAGGGGGCAAGCGAUCCGGACAUCGGUAUGAAUACUUUACGGCAGUAUAAGCUUAGCCAAAACGACAAAUUUCACUUGGAAGUCGAGGACUUAAGUAAAGAUGGAAAAACACCAUUUUUAAUUUUGAAAAAUCAAUUGGAUCGAGAGCAAAUCCCACAAUAUUACCUUCUGCUGACGGCGGUGGAUGGUGGGAGCCCGCCCAGGUCAGGGGCGGCAAAUAUUACAGUGAUUGUUUUGGAUAUUAAUGACCAUACUCCUGUGUGUGAUCAGCAAAAAUAUUCCCUGACUGUGAGAGAAAAUGUUGCCGUAGAUACGUUUCUUUUGCGGGUCAGCGCUUCAGAUCUGGAUGAGGGAAUGAACGGUGCUGUAGAAUAUUCCUUUCGCAGCAAACAAAAGAGCAAAGCCUCUGAGAUAUUUCAUUUAGAUAAAAUAACGGGAGAAAUUAAAAUUAUUGGGCCGAUCGAUUUUGAAGAGGAACAAAUGUAUGAGCUAAAAAUUCAAGCUUCGGACAAAGGACACGUUCCGCUGUCCACGCACUGUAACGUGUUUGUGAAAGUUGAGGACGUGAACGACAACAAGCCAGAGAUUGACGUCACUUCUCUGUCCAGUAGGAUCCGCGAGAACGCGCCUCCCGGUACCGUGGUCGCGCUGAUGGGCGUGACCGACCUGGACUCAGGUGUGAACGGACAGGUGGUCUGUACUUUAGCGGGAGACUUGCCGUUUGAUCUGAAGCCUUCAUCUGAAGGGAACUUCUAUUCAUUAGUGACCAAGAGCCCCUUAGACAGAGAGUCCGUGUCUCAGUAUGACGUAACCGUCACCGCAAAGGAUCUCGGGAGCCCCUCAUUAUCUUCCAGUAAAACAAUACGAGUGGAGAUAUCAGAUAUUAAUGACAACAGUCCUUUAUUCUCUGAAAGCCCGUACACCUUAUACUUGGUGGAGAACAACGCACCUGGCGCGUCCAUAUUCACCGUGAGCGCAUCUGACGCGGAUGAGGGCGAAAACGCUCUGGUUUCCUAUUCACUCGGGCAGGUGAGCGCUGGACACAGCGCGGCAUCUUUCCUCAAUAUUAAUCCAGACAAUGGGAACAUUUACGCGCUGAAAAGCUUUGAUUUUGAGACUCUGAAAACCUUUCAGUUCCAAGUGGUCGCUAAAGACUCCGGAACGCCGUCGCUAAGCAGCAACGUCACAGUGAAUGUGUUCAUUCUGGAUCAGAACGACAACGCUCCAGUGAUCCUGUCUCCGGUCAGCGCUAACGGUUCGGCUGAAGGUGUGGAGGAGAUUCCCCGCAAUGUGAACGCAGGUCACUCGGUGGCUAAAGUGCGGGCCUUUGACGCGGAUAUAGGAUACAACGCCUGGCUGUCGUUCUCGCUGCAGCACGCUACAGACGCCAGUCUGUUUAGUUUGGAGCGCUAUACAGGGCAGAUCAGGACGCUUCGCUCGUUCACAGAAACAGACGAGGCGGAGCAGAGACUGGUCAUAGUGGUGAAAGACAAUGGGAACGUUUCACUGUCCGCUACAGCCACGGUGAGUAUUAAGGCCGUGGAGCCGAAAGAGGCGUUUGCUGCGUCUGAUGCUAAAAGCGCGGUGCAAACCGAGGAAGAGAACAAUGUGACUUUUUAUCUGAUGAUCACACUGAGCUCCGUUUCAGCGCUUUUCCUGCUCAGUAUUAUCGGUUUGAUCGUGAUGCAGUGCUCCAAACCUCCCGACUAUUCGCCCAAAUAUUCCCGGGACUCCAAUUACGCAGACACGAGCGGGAACGGAACACUGUGUCACAGCAUCCAGUACCGAUCCGGAGACAAACGCUACAUGCUAGUUGGACCCAGAAUGAGUAUCGGUUCUGCUAUCGUUCCGGGCAGCCAUGCGAACACUCUAAUGGUGCCAGAUCACAGGAACAGAACUUCCGGAGAGGUAUGUUCUGAGUUAUUUUGCUUUCUUUUUUUUGCAUUUAACUGGUUUGAAUUUUAUGACGUUAACGCUAUCCGCUACUCCAUACAGGAGGAAUUAAAAAUCGGGACUAUUGUUGGGAAUAUCGCUAAAGAUGUGGGGAUUGACAGAGGAACGCUCUCUGACCGGAAUCUCCGCAUCGUGACGGGAUCAAAGCAGGAUCUUUUCCAGGUGAACGAGAGAGACGGCGCUUUGUUUGUGAACCAGAGAAUAGACAGAGAGGAGCUUUGCGGUAAAAGCAGUCCGUGUCAUGUGAAUCUCAAAGCUGUGAUAGAGAACCCGCUGGAGAUGCACCACGUUACAGUGGAGAUAGUGGAUGUGAAUGACCAUUCUCCCAGUUUCCCCAGUAAGGAGAGCCGCCUGGAAAUCUCCGAGUCCGCCAUGCCGGGAGCGCGCUUCCAGCUGGAGAGUGCACGAGACCCGGACGUGGAUCUGGAUGCUGGUGCCAACGGAGAGGUGACUUAUGCCUUUGGAAAAGAAUUUAGCAGUCACAUGUCGGAAUUGUUUGAUUUAGAUUCAAAAAGUGGAGAAAUUAAAGUGAAGGGCCUUGUCAACUUCGAGGAUGAGCAAAUUUAUGAAAUUACAAUACAAGCUUCAGAUAAAGGACAAGUUCCGCUGUCCACGCACUGUAACGUGUUUGUGAAAGUUGAGGACGUGAACGACAACAAGCCAGAGAUUGACGUCACUUCUCUGUCCAGUAGGAUUCGCGAGAACGCGCCUCCCGGUACCGUGGUCGCACUGAUGGGCGUGACCGACCUGGACUCAGGUGUGAACGGACAGGUAGUCUGUACUUUAGCGGGAGACUUGCCGUUUGAUCUAAAACCUUCAUCUGAAGGGAACUUCUAUUCAUUAGUGACCAAGAGCCCCUUAGACAGAGAGUCCGUGUCUCAGUAUGACAUAACCGUCACCGCAAAGGAUCUUGGGAGCCCCUCAUUAUCUUCCAGUAAAACAAUACGAGUGGAGAUAUCAGAUAUUAAUGACAACAGUCCUGUAUUCUCUGAAAGCCCGUACACUUUAUACUUGGUGGAGAACAACGCACCUGGCGCGUCCAUGUUCACCGUGAGCGCGUCUGACGCGGAUGAGGGCGAAAACGCCCUGGUUUCCUACUCACUCGGGCAGGUGAGCGCAGGACACAGCGCAGCAUCUUUCCUCAAUAUUAAUCCGGACAAUGGGAACAUUUAUGCGCUGAAAAGCUUUGAUUUUGAGACUCUGAAAACCUUUCAGUUCCAAGUGGUCGCUAAAGACUCCGGAACGCCGUCGCUGAGCAGCAACGUCACAGUGAAUGUGUUCAUUCUGGAUCAGAACGACAACGCUCCAGUGAUCCUGUCUCCGGUCAGCGCUAACGGUUCGGCUGAAGGUGUGGAGGAGAUUCCCCGCAAUGUGAACGCAGGUCACUCGGUGGCUAAAGUGCGGGCCUUUGACGCUGAUAUAGGAUACAACGCCUGGCUGUCGUUCUCGCUGCAGCACGCUACAGACGCCAGUCUGUUUAGUUUGGAGCGCUAUACAGGGCAGAUCAGGACGCUUCGCUCGUUCACAGAAACAGACGAGGCGGAGCAGAGACUGGUCAUAGUGGUGAAAGACAAUGGGAACGUUUCACUGUCCGCUACAGCGACUGUGAGUAUUAAGGCCGUGGAGCCGAAAGAGGCGUUUGCAGCGUCUGAUACUAAAAGCGCGGUGCAAACCGAGGAAGAGAACAAUGUGACUUUUUAUCUGAUCAUCACACUGAGCUCCGUUUCAGCGCUUUUCCUGCUCAGUAUUAUCGGUUUGAUCGUGAUGCAGUGCUCCAAACCUCCCGACUAUUCGCCCAAAUAUUCCCGGGACUCCAAUUACGCAGACACGAGCGGGAACGGAACACUGUGUCACAGCAUCCAAUGCUCCUAUCUGGAGCGGCUUAAAUGGUUGUAUAGCUGA